GUCAGAUUGAGCCUGCCUCAUGUUUCAUCUUACGUAUACCGAUGGACGACCACGGCCCUUUGGAUUUCGAUAGCUCUGAUCACGAUGACCGCGAUCAAGCUGGCAGCAACGACGCAAAGAGGGAUGAAAGCGCUAGACCAGCAUGCCAGCCGUGUCGCAAGAAAAAGGCGAAAUGCUCACGCCAAGUGCCUUGUUCGCAGUGCGUUAAGAACGGUUUGAGUUGCAUGUAUGACAAGGAAAAGGGGAAACCUGGAAUGAAGGCAGGUGCGAUCGAUCGCAUUCACCGCCGCCUAGAUGCGCUCGAGAACAUGUUCCUUGGCCAAGGGGUUCUUUGGCAGCAACUUUGGAAUCAAGCACAUACUACCAGUAAUGGUGUAUCACCACCAAUGACUGGGAGCCUACAUGAACAUACCGAGCAGCUGAAGCAAAGACUGGACACCCUCGGGCGCAAGCGCUGCAACGACGAGGACGAUACCACGAGCUCGCCGGACUCGAGUAAGCGCAGGAGGAUUGACCGGGGUGUAAGCAAUGUUGAAGGGCCAGCCCUUCACCGAGGCAGCCUUGGUCAGGAAAUGCUGCCCGCAGAUUUGAUCGAUCCACUGGUGGAGCUGUACUUCAGCAAUAUUCACCCUUGGAUCCCCGUGCUCCACGUUCGCCAGUUUCGACACCGUUUACACCUUCCAGAAGAGAAGCACAAGAUUAGUAGCAUCUUGCACGCCAUCACAUCUCUCUGCGUCCGCUUUUCAGAUGACCCUCGGUUGGGUGAUGCAGAGAGCCGCUUAAAGCUGGCGGAGUCUAGCCGUCAAGCGGUCAUAUUGCAAAGUAUGGAGUCAUUCUCGGUUGAAGGCCUCCAGGCUCUUAUAAUAUGUGCCUUCGACACGAUAGGUAGCGGUCGUGGCCCUUCAGCAUGGUCGAUCGUAGGAAGUAUGACCAGAACCGUAGAGCAAUUACAGCUCAGCACAGAGGAAGAAGAUGGCGACAACCAUCGCAAAGAUUCUCACGCUUUGGUAAAGCGCAUGGCAUUCUUGCCUCCUUGUAAAGAUUGGAGCGAGGCUGAGGACCGUCGGCGCGUAUUCUGGACCGUCUUCCUCAUGGAUCGAUUUUGCAGCGUCGCAACUGGAUGGAACGUUUGUCUUACCAGCGCAGACGUUAAGAGGCGAUUGCCAUGCGAAGGUGGAUUGUGGGAAGAGGGCAAGCCGCUGGAUAUAACCACACCGUUCUUUGGUGUCUCCGAUCCGCCAGGAGAUGCGAUGAACACCCUACCUAGCGCACGACCAGAGACCGCCGACCAAGCGUCCCUUGGAGGUUUUGCGUAUUGCAUUGAGGCCACAGAAAGUCUGAGCCUCGUAACAUCCUUCUUUCUCCAGCAGGAGGUGGACGUGGCCAAGUCCCACGAUGUGCAGAUGUGGCUAAUGAGAUUCAAACAAUUAGAUCUCCGUCUGAUCCAAUGGAAAAUCUUUUUGCCAGAACGUUGGCGAGAAGCAUGCGCGCUCAACGCCGACGGUAACAUGGACCCCAAUCUCACAUUAGCGCAUAUCACGCACAAUACAGCAGUGGUACUCCUACAUCAAGGCAUAGCGUAUCCAUCGCAAGACUGGCAGUCUUUACCGAUCAGGCUUCCAUCCGGCUCAAGCGCUGAGACGUGCAUGGCAGCCAGCGUCGAGGUCUCUAUUAUUGCGGCUGAAUUUCUGCGCAACAUGCAGUGUCUGACAAACCCACAAUUUGCCUUUUGCCUCUUUAUAUGUGGUCGCAUGCUGCUAGCACACGCAUUCUAUUACGACAUUUCCUUGCCGAACGAGUUCGAUAGUCUUAUUCACAGCCUUCAAGUCAUGGCACGCCGAUGGAAUGGGGACCACUCGACGACAAAAAGCAACCUUGCUUCAAAAUUUGCAACGCGACUCAAUCAUGCUCGUCAGGCCGGGCUUCAGACACUAGACAUACGACAAGCAGCCUACUCAGACAACCCUGCCGGCCUUGGAGAUGGAACUACGAAUGCUACCUCGAACACGUUCGGCGGUAUUCAGAACGGAUCAGGCACUAUCGGACAACCAUUGGGGACCUUCGGAGAAAUCCUCCCCGUGGCAGCAGACCAAGGCGAGACUCCGGAUAGCAUCACCUUGGCUUUUCCACCUCUACCUCUUGCAUUUCAAGCACAGCCAUCGAGCAGGAAUCACACUGCUUUGCCCUCCCCAAAUCUGGACCGAAUGAAUCACGCAUCCUUUCCCCCUUCGAAGUAUAGUAAUCCGAACGUCGACAUGGUAUUGCCUCCGGGAAUGUCCGUCGAUGGCAACGUACAGCUGGAGGACCUAGCCUCAUUCCUUGACUACUCUUUCCUGCCUGAACAGCGAGUCAGCGCAUUUUCUCACUCAAUGGGCUGAGAAACGCCCGUGUCGAAGGGUUU